CCCAUAAAUUAAAAAGAAAAAAACUUUAAAAUCCUUCUCUCUGGAUCUUCUUCAAGCUUAAAGCCAUUUAGGGUUUAUUUGAGCUUCACACUUUCCUCGAUUUUUGAAGUAUCUCAUGAGCCUUACCUCCUUUCUGGGUACCUCUGAUUGUUGCACAAGUUUAGAAACAUAUCACAGAAGAAGAUAAAUGACUAUGCGUAACUUUGAUUCCUCAGAGUUUUAGAUACUGUGCAAAAAGCCUGUUGCAAUGGGUUCAUGUGAGAUUGUGGAAGAGAAGGAUGAAGUCAGAUUAGCAAAACAUUAUGGUAAAUCUGUUUUGGGAUCAUCAAGCAAAGAUUUGGAGGGGAAGCAGCGAGAGUAUCAUGGUUCUCUUGAGUAUGACAUUGAUAAGCUUUUUCAAUCUAUACCUUUGAAACCACCAUCAACCAGGCUACUGAGCUCUUCUUUCCAUAACAUUGCAACAAGCGCGAGUGCUGGUCCAAGCAGGACCACAAGCCCUUCAAAUAGAAUCGCCAUGAAGAAACCGGGGACGCCUCAGUCCCCUAGAGUUUUUGGUCUCUCUGAUUCAGUCUCUUUGAAGCAGGCUCUGAGGGACCGUUGCAUUUCCAAGGCCUCUGAGAUGGCUGCUCAGAAACGGUUGUCCAAAUCAGCAGCUGCGUCUCCGAGGGUCUCGGAAGCAGACAGGAUCAAGAGUUUGUAUAUCCAGGUUUCGAAUGAAUCUAGUAGAAGGUCCAAGGGUAAAGCAAGCUUGGUUGAGAUGCCUUUAAUGCCGGAACAAGAUAAACCAAGUUCUUCAAGGAGUGUACCUCCGCGGUUUGAAGAGCCUUCUGACACCAUCUAUGAGCUAUCUCAAGCUGGAACCAGUUUGGGAAAUGAAAUGCAGGAGAUUAAGCCGUUGCAUAAAUCCAACAAGUCUUGUCUGAGUUCUGACAGUGGAGAUUCUGAGAUAGAGUUAGAUGAAAACGUUACCUCUCUUGAAGAUGAUGUGAAAGAAAUAGACAAACAUGUUACAUCACUGCCUUCUGAUUCUAGUAAGAUAGAUAAUGCGAGGGAGCUUGAAGAGAAAGCUCUCUCUUCCACUCUGGAUAUGGAGCAGAAAGGGAAGUUGGAUAACGCAGCUAGCUCAGGAACAGAGAAGAGCAAAACAGUACGCAAGGUAACAAGAAUGAUUCCACGUCCCAAGCAGCAGCCGAAGAAGAAGAUUUUGGUAAAAAAGAAGUUAAAGAUCGGGAUCGUUUCUGUAACUAACACAACGAAGAAGGAUGGAGAAAGCGAGACUUCCUUAGAGUCUACUUCAAAGAAACUCAUCUGCCAAAGAUGUCACUCUUCGUUGAAGAGCACCAGCAUAGAUAACCCACCUCCUCCCUCUUAUACCACUAGUCAUGAUCCUCAGUUAUGCUCAGACAGUUUGAGCUCUAUUUCAAAUAACGUUGGUAAAGAAGCUAAUCAAGUAGCAGAUGAGAACUCCUCUGGCUCUGAAGCUGAGAUUGUCGUCACGAAACAAGCUGUUAACUCGAGUAACAACAGUGGUAACAGCGCAAGGGAUGAGAAGGAAGCAGAGAAUAAUCCAACUUCAAGUGAGAAAUUCGAAUUCUCCCUGAGCUCAAAAGACAGUCUUGGAGAUUACAGCUGGAGCACAAGCAUGAGUGAAGGGAGCAAUAUAAGCAGGUUUAGCUGUGGGAACAAGCCUCACAUGUCGAUGGAUGUGAGAUGGGAAGCGAUCAAGCACGUCAAGUUGCAAUACGGCUCUUUAGGAUUACGACGCUUCAACCUUCUCAAGAAACUCGGUUGCGGAGACAUAGGAACAGUCUAUCUCGCCGAGCUGAUUGGUACAAACUGCUUGUUUGCCAUAAAGGUGAUGGACAACGAGUUCUUGGCAAGAAGGAAAAAGAGUCCAAGGGCACAAGCUGAACGUGAUAUACUCAAAAUGUUGGACCAUCCUUUCCUUCCUACACUAUACGCGCAGUUUACUUCGGAUAACUUGUCUUGCUUAGUCAUGGAGUAUUGUCCCGGAGGAGAUCUUCAUGUGCUUAGACAGAAACAGCUAGGCAGAUGUUUCCCUGAACCUGCAGCAAGGUUCUAUGUUGCGGAGAUUCUACUUGCAUUGGAGUAUUUGCACAUGCUUGGUGUUAUAUACCGAGAUCUGAAGCCUGAGAACAUUCUAGUCCGUGAAGAUGGACACAUUAUGCUUACGGACUUCGACCUCUCACUCCGUUGUGCAGUGAACCCUACUCUUCUCAGGUCAACUUCUCCUCCAGGGAACGAUCCCGCGAGAGUGUCAGGUCCAUACAACACCUCCAGCUGCAUACAACCAUUCUGCAUCACCGAACCAUCUUGCCAGGUUUCGUGUUUCAGCCCAAGGCUCUCCUCAAACCAACAACAAGGUGGAAAACCGAAAAGAGCUGAUCAAUCUUCGAGGAUCCAACAACGCUUGAAGAGAUCAUUGCCUCAGCUCGUGGCUGAGCCAACAGAAGCGAGAUCCAACUCCUUUGUGGGAACACACGAGUACUUAGCUCCGGAGAUCAUCAAAGGAGAAGGACACGGCGCUGCGGUUGACUGGUGGACGUUCGGGGUUCUUCUUUACGAGCUUUUGUACGGGAAAACACCUUUCAAAGGUUACAACAACGACGAGACUUUGGCUAAUGUUGUCCUGCAGAACGUCAAGUUUCCAGAUAGCCCGCUGGUGAGCUUCCAGGCGAAGGAUUUGAUCAGAGGGCUUCUGGUUAAGGAACCAGAGAACCGGUUCGGGUCAGAGAAAGGAUCAGCAGAGAUCAAAAGACAUCCUUUCUUUGAAGGGUUGAACUGGGCUCUGAUCCGGUGCGCAAUACCGCCUGAGCUGCCUGAUUUGUAUGAGUUUGGAGGUGGACCAGGUUCGCCUGGAGGCAAUGAUGAUAGGUAUCUUGAAUGUAAAGCCAUAGGUGAUCAUCUUGAGUUUGAGUUGUUCUAAGCUAAGCAAGGGUCAUUAAGAAAAGACAAGAAAAUUUUCUGGUAGAAGAAGCAUUCAGAUGUAAACGUUGUUGUAAUGUAUCAUAUAAAAUCCUUUUUAAGUUCUCAAAAGUCUAGUAGUAUGUAUAAAUUAAAGUUAUUUUCCUUCUCAACAAAGAUUGCAUCA